GGAGAUGAGGGAAAACGCCUUCCCCACAAGAGCGGUCAGGCCCUGGCACAGGCUGCCCAGAGAGGUGGGGGAGUCACCGUCCCUGGGGGGUUCAAAAACACGCAGACGUGGCACUUGGGGACAUGGUUUAGGAGGCCGGGGGGGUGUUGGGGUGAUGGCUGGGCUUGAUGAUCCUGGAGGUCUUUUCCAACCUUAAUGAUUCUGUGAUGUAUAUGCACCAGUGCCUCUGUUAUGUAUGCGUUUUAUGCCAAUACAUAUGCCAACGCAUGGAUUUUAUACACCCAUAGAGGUAGGCAGGUACAUACGUGCCGCUGCCCGCCUGUGCUUUUUAGACACACGUACGUGAACUCACGCCGUAACCGCGCCCGUGCGUGGAGGUGUAUAUAUACCCCCCCCCCCCCCCCGUGCCCAUAGAGCGAGGCCGGGCGGGCCGGGGGGUUCCUCCCCCGCGCGGGGCGGGGCCCCGCCCCUUCCCGGUUCCCGCCUCCCCGCCCGCCGCCGCGGGACCGUCCGGGUCCCGGGGGGGGGGUCCGAGCCCAUGGCCGGGAAGGAGCCGCUGCUGAGCGCCCUGAAAGGCGGGGUGCUGCGGCUGCGGGAGGGCGGGGGGCCCUGCACGGACGCCUCGCCGCACCUCGCCUCCCUGUGCCGGCUGCUGGAGAGCAUCCUGCGCAAGGGGCUCCGACAGCCAGCCUGGGGCUUCAGGAGACGGGAUUACUGGCACUGGCUGGAGCAGCUGCCCACGGGGGACGGUGGCGGGCCGACCCCCCUCUCCAUCAGCAUCCAGAGAGCGGGCAGCUGUGAGAAGGCACGGACGGCCCAGGGCCGCGGGCGGUACUUUCUGCGCUUGGCCCUGCAGGGGAAGGUGCUGGCGGCGGCCGUGCGGCAGCUGGCGCGGACCCCCCGGCUCCCGGAGUUUUAUGAUCCGUCGAGCUCCAUCCUCGGCAACGAAGACCUCCGGGAGCCUUUCCUCUCGCUGCUGCUGGUGCUGACAGAGAUGGAUUUCUCCCUGGACCUGCAGAAUUGCAGCUUCUUGGACGAAAGCUGGCUGCUGCCGGUCUGCAUCACUUACGAGACGGUCCCGUGCCGUGCGCUGGGGUUGGUGCUCAGGUAUGUGGACGGCCGAGUCUUUGUCACCGAGGUGCUCCCCGAGAGCCAGGCGGAGGUGGACGAGGUGGUGCUGGCCGGCGAUGUCCUCGAUGAGAUCAACGGCUGCUCACUAAGAAACGCCUACAGCGGGCAGGCCGGGGCCGUGCUGCAGAAGCUGAAGGGACAACCACUCAGCUUUCGCCUGCUGCGGUGGCGGUGGCAUGACGGGGGGGUCUACGAGCCGCUCCUGCCCUACCUGAAGGUCCUGAAGGAGAAGGAGCCCCGCUUCCAGCUCCAGCAUGGCCCCCGGCGCAGGGGCGAGGGGGACCUGCAGAGGCUGCAGGGGGGCAGGCUGCUCUACACACUGCGGUACCUGGGCCGGAUCGGCGUUGGGAAGAAUGGUGGCAAAGAGGUGCUGGACUGGGCCAUCCCCGCUGUGCUGGAGAGGCGCUUGGCAGCGCAGGAGGUGCUGUUUGAUGUGAGGGAAGCAGAAGUCCUCGUGCAGGACAAGGUGUCUUCCAAGCUCCUGUGCCGCCACCCCUACCCCACCAUCUCCUGCGUGGGACGCUGCAGGGACAGCCGCAGUUUAUUCGCCUUCUGCGUGGCCACUUCCCCGGAGAGCCCUGACAGGAGCACGUUCGACUGCCUGGUGUUUGCAUCGGGUUCUGAGCAAGAAUGCGAGGAAAUCGUCAGGAGAAUGGCUCUAGGGUUUGAGCGCACGGAGUGGUUCGUCUGAUACGGGAGAGCCCAGGCGGCGCCACGGCGGCACCCCGACGGGACAGGCCCCACACCACACCCCGGCUGGCCUCGUGGAGGGGAGCGCCGGGAACGCCGACGGCCUCCCAGCGAGCGUGCCAAGGGCCAGCAUCGCCCCAGCGCCUGCUCUCUGGUGGGAGCGGUGCUGUCCUCCCUCCUCAAGCGCCAUGGCGCUCGUGGUUGAACUGAAAUAAAUCAAGACGAGCUCGCUCAACCACUUCCCUGCGCGACUCUUCCGUGCCAACCCCAGCCUUACUGGCGCAGCCGGUUCUGGAGGAGUGGGGAGAGCCGCCCGGCCCUGCCAUUCACAUGUUAAUUACCUGCCUUUCGGAUGGAGCCCGAGCAGCUUCCCUCUGCCUUGUCCUAAGGAAGUGCCGGCAAAGCCAGACCUGGCUUAGCAGAGACAGAGAGAGGUAUUCCUAAACGCAGGUUUGAGUAUAAUCCCGUUUCAUCAGAAAAGCUGAGGGGGGAGCUGAGAACCCUCCUGAGCACCCAGCAGCCCUCCAGGCGCAGGCUGCCAUCCUCAGCCCGGCCUGAGGCAGCUCCCACAGGCCACAGCCAGACGCAGCUCAAGGACAAGCUGGACCAGUCACACCACUUCAAAACAAACUUCCCUGACUCUGCUGGAAAGGAGAGGGGGGAAAAAAACACCACUUCCUUCUUGAGCUGGAUCUAACAGCUGACCUGGGUAAGCAGUCCAGCUUUAUGAAAAGCCCCAAAGUCUGCCUAGGCCUGCCCAUCCGGCUGUUCCUCCUCUGCCCCACAGCUGCAGGGCUCAGCACUGCUCUCACCAGUCAGGAGCGGUGACUCAAGCUCCAGCCGCCUACCGGGGUGGCCGUGGCCUGCACCAGAGCAGCAGCCCCGGCUCGUGGGCACCUACCACUGACCUGCCAGAGCCAGGAGGAGGAAGCGCCCUCAAGCCCGUACACACCAAAUGACAAAGACUCCUCGCAUGUGAAUGUAAAACAUUUAAUUUAAAAAUGUUGACACUACAAUAUAUAAAAUAGCUAUUAUAAAUGCACAUAGUGUAUUCUAUAGCUGCCAGGUUUACUUUUUUUUUUUUAGGAAACUGUAAGUUA